AAGGUGAAGGGGUGUGUCCUACCCCUAAACCUUCAUCCCUUGCUCCACUUCAUUGACACUUCCACCCUUUCCCCACUACGGGCAGCUAGCUUCACCCAAACUCUGACCUCUUACUCUCUCCACUUAACUAUCCCAGAGCAGCCAAGAGAGGACACAGGGCCGCAUGAGCAGAUCCCCUCCCCAUCCCAUCCCACUGCUAUCCAUGGACUCCCAGGAUGCCCUGGCUCCCCUAUCACUGCUGCCAGCUCCCCAGAAUCCCUCUUCCCACUCUUGGGCCUCUCGGUGUGGGCCUCUCACCUGGGGGCUCAGCUGUCUUCUGGCUCUGCAGCAUUUCCUGGUCCUGGCUUCCCUCCUCUAUGCCUUCCACCUGCUCCUGCUUUGCAGUCUUCCCCCAGGAGGGCUCUCUUACUCCCCUGCUCAGCUCCUAGCCUCCAGCUUCUUUGCAUGUGGUGUAUCUACUGUCCUGCAAACCUGGACUGGCAGCAGGCUGCCUCUUGUCCAGGCUCCAUCCUUAGAGUUCCUUAUCCCCGCUCUGGUGCUGACCAGCCAGAAGCUGCCCAAGGCCAUCCAGACGCCCGGAAAUGUCUCCCUCACCAUGUACCCGUGUAGGGGACCUGGCUGCCAUGGCCUGGAGUCCUGGAACACAUCUCUCCGAGAGGUGUCAGGGGCAGUGGUGGUGUCCGGGCUGCUACAGGGCAUCCUGGGACUGCUGGGGGGUCCUGGCUGUGUGUUUGCCCACUGUGGACCCCUGGUUCUGGCCCCCAGCCUGUUUGUGGCAGGACUGUCUGCCCACAGGGAGGUGGCCCACUUCUGCUCUGCUCAAUGGGGCCUGGCCUUCCUGCUCAUCCUACUCAUGGUGAUCUGUUCGCAGCACCUGGGCUCCUGCCAGGUACCCUCAUGCCCUUGGAGGUCAUCGUUAGCCGCUUCAACUCACGUUCACACUCCUGCCUUUCGGCUCCUCUCGGUGCUGGUCCCUGUGGCCUGUGUGUGGAUACUUGCUGCCCCACUGGGUCUCAGCGUUAUCCCCCUGCAGUUGUCUGCAGCUGUUGAGGCACCGUGGUUUUGGCUGCCUCACCCAGGUGAGUGGGACUGGCCCUUGUUGACACCUAGGGCUUUGGCUGCAGGCAUCUCCAUGGCCUCAGCAGUCUCUACCAGCUCCCUAGGCUGCUACGCCCUGUGUGGCCAGCUGCUGCAUUGGCCUCCCCCACCUCCACAUGCCUGCAAUCGAGGACUGAGCCUGGAGGGGCUGGGCAGUGUGCUGGCUGGGCUGCUGGGGAGUCCCCUGGGCACAGCAUCCAGCUUCCCUAAUGUGGGCACAGUGAGCCUUUUCCAGGCUGGAUCUCGGCGAGUGGCCCACUUAGUGGGGCUGCUCUGCAUGGGGCUGGGGCUGUCGCCCAGGCUGGUGAAGUUCCUCACCACCAUCCCACUGCCUGUGCUUGGAGGGGUUCUGGGGGUGACCCAGGCUGUGGUUCUGUCUGCGGGCUUCUCCAGCUUCCACCUGGCUGACAUUGACUCUGGGCGAAAUGUCUUCAUUAUGGGUUUCUCCAUCUUCAUGGCCCUGCUGCUGCCAAGAUGGCUUCGGGAAGCCCCAGCUCCACUCAACACAGGCUGGAGUCCCUUGGAUGUUUUACUGCGUUCACUGCUAACACAGCCCAUCUUCAUGGCUGGACUCCUGGGCUUCCUCCUAGAGAACACAAUUUCUGGUACACGGCUUGAACGAGGCCUAGGUCAAGGGCUGCCAUCUUCUUUCACUGCCCAAGAAGUUCAAAAGCUUCAGAAGUCCAGGGAAAAGACUGUUCAAGAGUACGGGCUUCCUUUCUCUAUCCAAAACCUGUGUUCCUGCAUCUGUCAGUCCCUCUGUUGCCUCCACCCAAUAUCUGAAGACCAUAAGGAUGAAGAACGAGGGCCCUCUGAGCCAGGAGAGACAUCAGACUUAUUGCUUGGCUCUGAGGAACCCUGCCCUGCCUCUACCAGAGAAGAGCUUAGGUCCCAGUAAUUACCGGGAGUCCUGUUUCUGCCCUCAUUAGUUUAGUCCUAACUUGCAGCUUGCUGGAGAGUCCAUGCCCAGGUUUUGUCCUAGAGAGGGUAUGUGGUGGGUACAUGGGUUCAUACACUUAGAGAUCCUAUUCCCAACAGGAUGGGUUGCCUUUCCUUCCAGAGCAGGGGCCAUGGUUUAGUGGUCAUGAAUGAAUGAAUGAGAUUUUUGCCUGGGAAUUAUCCAAUGCCACUUGAACCCUAGCUUUCACUUAACAAAUAUUUAUUGAUAUGAAUAUGGCAGAGUCCCUAUCCUCUCCAGCCACUUAGGAUUUAGAAAGACCCACGUGAUAAAAUGCACUGCAGAAGGCAUUUUGUAAUAAAAAUGAAAAUAAUACCAUGAGAGCAGAAGAAACGAUUCAGUCUGAUU